AUGGAGAGCGCCUUCGCUACAGCCACCAAAAAGGUGCUCGCCAACUUCAACGUCAAUGACCACGAUGGUCUGACUGACAAGCAAGUUGCCGAGCUCCGCUCCAAGCAUGGCCGCAACUCGAUCCCCGAGGACCCGCCCACCCCUCUGUGGGAGCUCAUUCUUGAGCAGUUCAAGGACCAGUUGGUCCUGAUCCUGCUCGGUUCUGCCGCCGUCUCCUUUGUCCUCGCUCUCUUCGAAGACGAGGGCGGCUGGAGCGCCUUUGUUGACCCCGCUGUCAUCCUCACCAUUCUCAUUCUCAACGCUGUCGUCGGUGUCUCGCAAGAGAGCAGCGCCGAAAAAGCCAUCGCCGCCCUGCAGGAAUACUCUGCCAACGAAGCAAACGUCAUCCGAAACGGUGGCCACGUCUCGCGCGUCAAGGCCGAUGACCUGGUCCCCGGUGAUAUCAUCUCCGUCUCUGUUGGCGACCGCAUCCCGGCCGAUUGCCGUGUGAUUGCUAUUGAAAGCAACAGCUUUUCUGUCGAUCAGGCCAUUCUCACCGGUGAGAGUGAGAGUGUUGGCAAGGAUGCCAGUGCCGUCAUCAAGGACGACAAGGCUGUCCUCCAGGAUCAGGUCAACAUGCUCUUCUCCGGUACUACCAUUGUCGUCGGACGCGCUCGCGCUGUUGUCGUCUUGACCGGUUCCAACACUGCCAUUGGCGACAUCCACGAGUCCAUUUCUGCUCAGAUUUCGGAACCAACGCCCCUAAAGCAGAAGCUCAACGAUUUUGGCGACAGCCUCGCCAAGGUCAUUACCGUGAUCUGCAUCCUUGUCUGGCUCAUCAACAUUCCCAACUUCAACGAUCCCAGCCACGGAAGUUGGACCAAGGGCGCCAUUUACUACCUCAAGAUCGCCGUUUCCCUCGGUGUCGCUGCCAUUCCUGAAGGUCUCGCCGUUGUCAUUACCACCUGUCUCGCUCUUGGUACCCGCAAGAUGGCCGCCAAGAAUGCCGUUGUUCGCAGCCUGCCCUCUGUUGAGACUCUUGGUAGCUGCAGCGUCAUUUGCUCCGACAAGACUGGAACCCUCACUACCAACCAGAUGAGUGUCAACAAGAUUGUUCAUCUCAACGACGCCGGCAAGGACUUGAUCGAGCUUGAUGUCGACGGUACCACCUUUUCUCCCAAGGGUGACAUUCGAAGCAACGGCAAGGUCGCCCAUGACCUGACUGAAAAGUCGAGCACCAUUCAGCAGAUGGCCGAGGUUGGCGCCCUCUGCAACAAUGCUCAUCUGGCUUACGAUGACAAGACUGGACAAUACUCAUGUGUUGGCGAGCCGACCGAAGGUGCUCUCCGUGUUCUUGUUGAGAAACUCGGCCCUGUGGCCCCCGCCGGCGUUGAUGUCUACGAGUCCCUACACUACGCCAGCACCAACUUUGAAGAGACUCUCCCUGUUCUCUCCAACUUUGAAUUCUCUCGCGAUCGCAAGAGCAUGUCUGUUAUUGUCGCCGACGGCAAGAAGAAGAAGCUUCUGGUCAAGGGUGCUCCCGAGUCCAUCAUUGAUCGCUGUACCCAGGCUAUCGUUGGUGCUGAUGGCAAGCGCGUACCCCUCACUAGCAAGAUCUCCGAUGUCUUGCUGAAGGAAGUUGUCGACUACGGUAACCGCGGCAUGCGUGUUAUUGCCCUUGCCAGUAUCGACGACGUCUCCAAGAACCGCCUCGCCUCUACCGCCAAGACUACCGAACAGUACGCUGAGCUCGAGCAAGACAUGACCUUCCUCGGCCUCGUUGGCAUGCUUGAUCCUCCUCGUCCUGAAGUCCCUCAGUCUGUCAAGCAGUGCAAGGCUGCUGGCAUCCGCAUCAUUGUUAUCACCGGUGACAACCGCAACACUGCCGAGAGCAUUUGCCGACAGAUUGGUGUCUUUGGUGAAAACGAAGACCUUACUGGAAAGAGCUACACUGGCCGUGAAUUCGACAAUCUGAGCCCUGGCGAGCAGCUCGAGGCCGCCAAGCGUGCCUCCCUGUUCUCUCGUGUCGAGCCUGGCCACAAGUCUCGCCUGGUCGAUCUGCUUCAGUCUCUGGGUGAGGUCGUUGCAAUGACUGGUGACGGUGUCAAUGAUGCCCCUGCUCUGAAGAAGGCCGAUAUUGGUGUUGCCAUGGGCUCUGGCACCGAUGUCUCCAAGCUAGCUGCUGACAUGGUUCUCGCCGACAGCAACUUUGCCACGAUCGAGGUCGCCAUUGAGGAGGGCCGCUCCAUCUACAACAACACCCAGCAGUUCAUCCGCUACCUCAUUUCCUCCAACAUUGGUGAAGUCGUCUCCAUUUUCCUCACGGCCGCUCUUGGCAUGCCCGAGGCUCUGAUCCCUGUUCAGCUUCUCUGGGUCAAUCUGGUCACUGAUGGUCUUCCCGCCACUGCCCUCUCGUUCAAUCCUCCUGACAACGACAUCAUGAAGCGCCAGCCCCGCAAGAGAGACGAGAAGCUGAUUGGCGGCUGGCUAUUCUUCCGCUACCUGAUUAUCGGUACCUACGUUGGCCUUGCCACGGUUGCUGGCUACGCCUGGUGGUUCAUGUACUACCCCGCUGGGCCCCAGAUUAGCUUCUCGCAGCUUUCUCGCUUCCACCACUGCUCAACUGAUUUCCCCGAGAUUGGCUGCCAGAUGUUUUCCAACGACAUGGCCAAGGCGGGAUCUACAGUCUCUCUGUCUAUCCUUGUCACAAUUGAAAUGUUCAACGCCAUGAACGCCCUUUCCUCAAGCGAGUCCCUGUUGACCCUGCCCCUGUGGAAGAACAUGAUGCUCGUCUAUGCCAUUGCUCUGUCGAUGGCUCUGCACUUUGCUCUGCUCUAUACUCCUGUCCUGCAGAGUCUGUUUGCCAUCGUGCCCCUCAACUGGGAAGAGUGGAAGGCUGUGGUUAUCAUCAGCGCUCCCGUCAUUCUUCUCGACGAAAUCCUCAAAUUUUUUGAGCGCCAGUUUUACAUGCAAAAGAUUACGCCCGUGGCCAAGAAAGAGGCCAAGAAGAACCUGUAG